CUAAUGUGAGAUUCGUAAUCAGCGUCGAAAACUGCAUCUAGUGAUAUGCUCCUAUCAGUUCUACUCUAAAAUAAUUUUUUCAAAAACUUGAUCAGCGAAGUCUCGAGUUACGUGGACAAGCCGUAUACAUCUUGGAUGUGUUUUUUCCAAAUUUUGUUUGACACCUUCACUCCGGGAGUUGUCACCGUUUUGAGAUUGAACAACCUAGUUUUCGAACGGUUUUUCGUUUUUUUUUGCUACAGUUUUAAAAGAAAAAGAGGUAAAUACUCUUAAGAGUACCCCUCUCCUCUUUUUUGAGAAAGUUUUCGAUUUUGAGCUGAAUAUAGACUAAUGUAGAGGAAAGUGUGGGCGAUAAAAUAAGAUUCCUCCUAGCACUCCAUGAUCUCACUCCAAAAAGUUAUGCAGUUUUGAAAAUUUUCCUUCAAAGCCUAAACAAAUUCAAUUUUUUAGUUUUAUAAACUUUUCUCUCCUUUUCUGUACAUUCAAAGCUUUUCUUUGGCAAUAGUUAAAAACUUGAAACAAAAACGAAAAAGCGUUCAACUGAGCUUCCAACCACUUCUAAAAAUAUGAAACUUUAAGCGACUAUUAGUUUUUAUUUCACAGGAUUUCUAUGGAAAGCCCAAAAGGAGAGGAGGGGUAACCUUAAGAUAGACUUCAUUUGCCUAACAAAACAUAUGAUUCACGAAUUUUUAGUUCGUAACCGUGUUUUCUAGAGUACCUGUAUUCAGUUAUUACAACAAUUUUACCGUCCUACUACCGGUCAUAUUUUUAUCGAUAAUUUAUCAAUUGAUAAAUAUAAUUUACAAUGGUAUCGUCAACAACUGGCUAUUGUUAGUCAAGAAGCAGUUUUAUUUUCUACCACAAUUAAAAAAAAUUUAUUAUAUGGCACUACUGAUCCGAAAAAUGUUACGCAAAAUGAAAUUGAGGAAAUAUGUAAAGAUGUUAAUAUACAUCAUUUUAUUAUGAAAUUACCUUUUGGUUAUGAUACAGUCAUUGAUCAAAAUUUUUUAUCAGGUGGACAAAAGCAAUUAAUUUGUUUAGCUAGAGCAUUACUUAAACGACCUAAAAUUUUAUUGUUAGAUGAAUUUACAAGUGCUUUAGAUAAUGAAAAUGAAUCAUUACUUCAAGAAUUACUAGCUCAAAAAGCGGUUACUAAAGAUCGUACAACAAUUAUAAUUAGUCAUCGUUUAUCAUCUAUCCGUAAUGCAAACAAUAUCAUCGUACUUGAUCACGGGACUUUAAUUGAACAAGGUAAUCAUCAAUCAUUGAUGGAUACACAUGGAAUUUAUUAUGAUUUGAUACAACAACAGCAACAAGAUUUUGAUUGUUUACCCAGCAAUAAUAAUGAUGUUGAGUCCAGUUCAAUAAAUCAACGUAAUAGUCAAAAUUUAAAUUCAGUAUUUUCGCCGUUAUUUGAAAUUCUGAAUAAUAAUAAUAAACCCCGUCAGAACUACAAAGAAACGCAUUUGCCAUUUCUGGCUGUAUUAAAAAUGAAUAAACCAGAAUGGCUAUAUAUUUUAUUUGGUUGUUUUGUGUGUCUGAUUAAUGGUGGUUUACAACCCACACAUGGUGUAAUUAUUAGUAAAUUAAUUUUUAAUUUUUUAUUUGCUUGUUCCGGUGAAAAUUUAACAGAACGUUUACGUUCAAAAUUAUUUGAAAUCUAUUUGAAACAAGAUUUGGCAUGGUUUGAUCAUCCGACGAAUAAUGUUGGUGCGUUAUGUACACGUUUAGCUAAUGAGACAACUGUUAUUCAAGCGGCAUGUAUAUUUACCUUUCUUCUUCGGAGUGAAAGAAUAAUUAUGUGUGUCGGUAUUUUGAUAUCACUUUUAUAUAGCUGGGAAGUAACUCUUGUUUUAUUCGGUUUUUUGCCAUUUAUUAUUGGUGCUGGCUGCUUGGAUAUUAAAUUAUUUAAUGAUGAUUGUUUGAAAAAAGAUAACAAAGUUUUAGAAGAAAUAUCAAAAAUUCGAACGGAAGUUACUGAAAAUAUUCGUACAGUAAAACAAUUAACAAGUGAAGAACAUUUCUAUCAAAAUUAUUGUUCUCUAUUGGAUAGUCUGUAUAAAUCUGCAAGAAACCGUUCACAUUUAAAAGGAUUACAAUUUGGUUUCACAAAUGCCAUUAUAUUUUUUGCGCAAGCUGUAUUAGUUGCAUUUUCGGCCUUCAUGAUUAAGAGAAAUCGUAUGACAUUUGAAGAUUCAUUGGUGUCACCUGAUUAUGGUAAAGCGAUGAAUGCAUCAAAGCAAAUGCUAAAAUUAUUCAAUCGUCAACCAGUAAUUGACCAAAGUUCAAUAAAUGGAGAUAUUAUUGAUAAUUUUAAUGGUGAAAUUGUAUUCGAUAUCAAAAACUUUUCGUAUCCUAGUCGUCCACAAAUGAAAAUUUUGGAUAAUUUUCAAUUAAAAAUUUCACCUGGACAAAAGGUUGCUUUACUUGGUAAAAACGGUUGUGGAAAAUCGACCGUUAUCCAAUUAUUAGAAAGAUUUUAUGAUAGUAAUGCCGGUAGUGUGUUUAUUGAUUCAGUGGAUAUUCGAAACAUAAAUCUACAAUGGUUACGUUCAAAGAUUUGUUAUAUAAGCCAACAACCAGUUUUAUUUGAUGGGACAAUUGAAGAAAAUAUUGCUUAUGGUGAUUUAACACGGACAAUUGAUCGUCAAGAAAUUAUUGAUGCAGCUAAACAAUCAAAUGCACAUAAGUUUAUUGAAAAAUUGCCACAAGUAUAUACUCUAUCUAUCUCAAGCUUAUACAACCCAUUAAGAAGACCUUUUUAUGCUACUAGAGAAAAACAAAUGACUACUUUUUUAAAUGUAGGGACUUUAUUGCAGAGGGCUUUUGUGUUUGAUGCUUUGUCCUGUCUUUAAAAAAAGAAUGUCAUGGAUGUUCUUUGAAAAAGAUCAUCCGAGACCAACAAGCCAUCAAAUAACAUGGUACCAUCAGAUCUCAGAUCAUGAUCUGGACUCCUCUCAAAGAUUUGUCCAACUUAAGUGCACAUUCAAGUAUAGAAACUUGGAGAAAUUUCCAUAAUUUUUUUAAUAGCCCUAGUUACAUACCAAUCUGUAACACAACAAAACAUUGAUAGCUCGAUUGUUCUGUUCAAAUACUUUUCAUGUUCUUUAUGGGCCAGUAUAUUGGAAGAAUUUUUCUCUGAAAAUGAUAUUUCAGAGGGGUCUCCUCCAAGAGUAUUUUUCAGCACUCUUGCUUGCUCGAAGAGAACUUUAGACAAAAAGAGCAAGUGGAGCAAAUAUACCAGCAUUAUAUGGCGAUCUAUAAAGAAACAACAAUGUUCUUUGCUAGAAGAGCACUGACUCUGGCUCACGAGGGAAGGUCUCCAAGUGAUUCAUCGCUUUUACUUUCAAACCUGCUUGGUUAUGUGUAAUUUGAUGCUGAUUCCGAAUCCGAUCCAUUUGUGCUGAUAUGGGUUUCUGUUAUGGAUCUAUGGAAACCCGGCAUCUGGAGACCUGUCUUAAAAUCCAUGAUGAAGAGAUUCUGAUCUGUGCAGAUAGUUGGGCAUGUCGAAUUACCUACAGAAAAAGUUUUCCGACUUGUCAAGUAGGUUUUGGCUGGGGAUGAUAUAGACAAGUUCCUUGUUGAACUUUAGUCAUUACCCUGUCAUUUUAUUAACAUCAUGGACUAAAUAAAUUGGGGUAGGAGGUUUCUAUGAACCAAAAUACGCAACUAUUUGAACUUCUCAUAGAAUCGUUAGAAAAAUUUUCAUACCUCAGCCAAAACCUACUUGACAAGUCGGAAAACUUUUUCUGUAGGUAAUUCGACAUG